AUGUCGGAUGAUCCACCAAGAAGAUCGAUGGUUGGAGCGCCACCGUCGGCGAGAAGAGCUCGUGGUGGUAACACGCCAGCUCAAGCAGCAGCCACACCUUCUCGAUCAUCCGCCCGCGCAUCAAAACGGGUGAAAAAAGAGGAGCCAGAAGAAGAUGAAUACAAGAAUUCUGAUCAAGAAAAGAGCGAAGAAGAGGAGUCAGAAAAUUCAGAAGACGAGGUGGCCGCUCCAACCAAAAAGACUCCAGCUGGGAAGAGCAAGAAAAAGAGAGUUCCGCUGACAGAUUAUCAUUUGAAAAAGAAGAAAAUACUGGCGAGAAAAGCGGCUAGAGAGGCUGAAAAGGAGCGAGAAGUGGCGGAGGAGCCAGAAGAAGAACCUGAGAAAGAGCCAACACCUCCACCACCAAGGCAACCACCAUCGUUCUCAGCAUACGAACCGAUUCAAUUAAUGCAAGAUCAUAUUAUACGGAAAUUAGUUGAGAAGGAUCCAGAGGACUAUUUCUCGUAUCCAGUGACCGAGGAAAUGGCGCCGGAUUACAGGGAAAUUAUUCAGACACCCAUGGAUUUGCAGACUAUACGAGAAAAAAUCGAAGAUGGUCUCUACCCAUCACUUCCUGCAAUGAAAGGAGACUGCGAUCUAAUAGUUUCGAACGCUCUUCAAUACAAUCAGCCAACCACUGUAUUCUAUCUAGCCGCCAAACGACUGGCCAAUCUCAUCAACUACUAUUUUGGAGAACCGUAUCUCCGUUUCCUAUUCCAUUCGCUCCCAUCUGCCAAUCAGGUUCCAUUCGAACUUGCCGGUAUCCGCCCACUAGCUCCAGUUGCUAUGGAGCGGCCAGUCAACCGAAGAAGAGCUGUUGUUCAGGACGCCAUGACAACAGAUGAUUGUCUGAAAAGCGCCGACGUCAAGGUUCGAGACAGGCUAUCCGCGAAUAUUCCACCUAAGAAGAUGGCUAAAAUGGGAUUCUUGUCCGAGAAGAAUGGAACGGUAGUGCUCAACGUUCUCGCGGGAGAUCAAGAUCCCGAGGAGAAGCAAGAGAACUCGGCACCAGCUCGAAGAGUCACAAUCGGAGAUAUUGUUGGACCGCUGGAAGAAGGAACAACUGGAAUGAUUCAGAUGACUGAGCACCGUUUGUACUCGCAAACGCCUAUCAAUUAUCUCAACUAUGGACCGUUCUCGUCGUUUGCUCCAAUGUAUGAUACCACGUGGUCCACAAUGACCAAAGAUGAUACUGAUUUGUUCCUGAGGACGUAUGGAGAUAAGGCAAACGCGGUUGGAGCGAUUUCAAUGAGAAAUUUUGUUGAGAACUGUCCGGAUUUUGCGCAGGCUGUCGAAAAGAAACUGAACAUGGCCACUGAUGGAGGAGGAGGAAAUGAUGAUGAACGCGGAUCUCAAGACAAAUCGGUUCUCGACUUGCUUGACGACGUUUCCAGCAUCUCCAAUUUCGGAAUCGACACUGGAUUCUUGAGUGAUAUCAGACGCAGAGUGUUGCUUCCGCCUCCGCCGUCUGCAGCCUCCGAGACCCCUGUAAUCCCAGAAUACAUGCAACAAAUGAACCACAUGAACGUUCAACAACAACUCAACCACAUUGGUCAAGAGAUCAAGGAUCUUGUCCAUCUCCAAGAGGGUCGUCUCUGUCAACCACCACCUCAGAUGCUUGUCAACGUCCAAGAACCAGGACCAAUCGAGCAGAAACUGGCAGAGAGCGUUCAACAGCACUUGGCUCACCAGAUGGAAACUCACACCGCUCCAGAAGCGUUCGUCAACGAUGCCGUGAUUCACGAUGCUAUCGGAGUCAACAUGGACGACGGCGAUGAUCUCUUCAGCGAAUUCUUCGUUACACAAUAA